UUUCAUUCAGUAAACGAAAGGGGCAACAUUAUUCAAAGUGUAUCGUUUAUUAAUUUUAAAACUCAAAUAUUAUAUCGUGAUAAUAUUGCUUAAAAAAAAAAAAUAUUUUAUUUUUACCUAUAAAAAAAUUUCAUCAGAAUGUCUUCUUUAACUAAACCAAAAUCUGAAAUGACUCCUGAGGAAUUAGCAAAAAGAGAAGAAGAAGAAUUUAAUACUGGACCACUCUCAGUAUUAACACAAUCUGUAAAAAAUAAUACACAAGUCUUAAUUAAUUGUAGAAAUAAUAAAAAAUUAUUAGGAAGAGUAAAAGCAUUUGAUAGGCAUUGCAAUAUGGUUUUAGAAAAUGUAAAAGAAAUGUGGACUGAACUUCCUCGUACUGGAAAAGGAAAAAAAAAGGCAAAACCAGUAAACAAGGAUAGAUUUAUUUCUAAGAUGUUUCUAAGAGGUGAUUCUGUAAUUCUAGUUCUACGGAACCCAUUAGCAACAGCAUCAGGAAAAUAAUUUUACAAAUAAAUUCACUUUAAAACUCUACUGUAACUUAUUACUUAUAAUUAUUUACUAUAAAUGAAAAAUAAAAAUUUCAAAUAAAUUUCUUAAUAAAUUUAAAUUAUAAAUGUAUAAUUUUCGUAUCAAUAUUUACAUCUUGAAUUUAAUAAAAUAUGUUUUUUUUAUAUUAAAAAUAUUAAAAUAAAAUAAAAUUAAGUAAGAUAUGAUA